AUGAGUAAAGCUAGAAUGAAUGUAGAAGAUGAUAGGCUAAGCAUGCUGCCAGAUGAUCUUAUCUAUAGAAUCCUCUCUCAUAUUAGCAUUAAAUAUGCUAUUCAAACCGCUGCCUUGUCUUCUAGAUGGAGGUUUCUCUGGACUUCAAUGCCCUAUCUCACUAUCUCAACUCUUGAUGCCCCUGACUUAUCUGAAUUUGUUAACCAUGUUCUGUCUCGCCGCAAUGAUCAAAUAGAAGUCUAUUCGGUCAACCUCAGUUUUCAUCAACAGUUUAGUAAAGAGUUGCUGAAAACAAUUCUUGACUAUGCAUUCUCCCACAAUGUCCAAAAACUUACUGUUGCAUGCUUUCUUAAUGGGCACAUUGUUUUCCCUCUUGAUCUCUUUCGUUCUCGGUCUCUCAAAUAUCUCAGGUUGAGUGGAUCCCCUGCUGGACCCGGUAAUGGCAAUUGCAUUAUCUUUGAAUCAACUUGGGAGCUCCCGGCUCUAACGACGUUGCGUCUUGAUUACAUACUGGUUGAUGAUAAAUUACACGGCAUAAGUCUUUUCUCCAAGUGUGCAGCCUUAAAGAAUCUUACCAUAAAUUUCUUUGCAGUGUUGGAAUCAUGUAACUUUACUGUUUGUCAUUCUGGACUUUCUAAUCUUACUCUUGAAAAUGGAUGGUUUACACUAAAUUUUGUCAAUGUGGUUGCACCUCAACUCAAGAAUCUUACGUUACGAAGCUGCUACAUCGAGCAUAUGAUUACUGCACCCAAUCUUGUCUCUUUGCUCUUCCAAAGUGCUCAUCUUUUGCAGUUCUCUACAGAGUUGCGUUCUUUGGAGAAGGUGGAUCUUCGUGUUUACUUUGCAGACUUGUGGAGCGGUAGUAGAAUCGCUGGUCUGCUUCAACAGCUUCACAACGUCAAAUUUCUUACACUGAACUUGGAGUUAGUCGAGCCUUUUUCUUCAUACAUGGAAAGCAUCUCACUUCAACCUUCUCCGUUUUCUAAGUUAAAUAGUUUAAAGAUUUAUCCAGUUUAUGUACCCUCGGAUGAUGACGCACAUAUGAAAAUAACAAUGUCUACUAAGGUACUAAAGUAUUUGCUAGAUGGUUCUCCAGGUGCUACCUUCAAAAUGAUCUCAUAUGAGGAAGUCAAGGAACAGCAGCAGAAGGCUCGAGCUUUUGAAAAUGCUGUAGCAGCAAAAAACCUUAUAGCAGAUUUGCAGGAGAUGUUAGAGAAGGAGAAAGCUGAUAUUGAUGCUCAAACGGAUCGAGGGAAGACACCAAUGGAGUGCCAAGAGGCAGCCGAACAAGGGAAGUGUUGA